GCAGAAAGCGGAAGUUGAGGCAAAACUGAAUGUCAAGUUGUAGCAUGGUGGAGUUCGUUUUUAAAAUAAAGUAGAAAUGUUACGGUACAGUUUAUUACGGGUAGCACCGGUAGCGCAGUGCCUCACCGGAAGCAACACAUCGUUUCUGUGCAGAGUGAGCAUAUUAAACAGAGGACAGACAUGUGGAUAUGCUAAGAAAGUUGCGGCCAAGGGAAAGGGUAAAGGCAUGAUGAAAGAGGAACUGAAAGGUCCAGAGGUGUGUAAAGAUCCUGUCAGACUCACAUCUCACGCAGUAGGGGUCAACAUCUUCAAACAAGGGGAAGACCCCAAGCUGAAGCCUCCUGAGGAGUACCCUGAAUGGUUGUUCCAGUUAAACCUGGGAGCGGCCAAAAAGCUGAACGAGCUCGAGUCGGACUCUUGGGAGUAUUGGAAACGUCUGAGGAAGGAAAACAUUUGGCGUUUCAACAGACUACAUAAAGGGAAGAAGUUUUAGGGUUUCACUGGACUUACUGAGGGCAACAGCAGUGUUUUACACCCUGGACUGAAUUACCAUGACAGAAACGGACUUCUGGAUCAGUCUAUCCCACCUGACAGCUGAGAGACUUUUGUCUCUUCAUCGCUGGUUCUGUUUGAUGCAAAUGUUCUCUUGUGUUAAACAAAGGUGGUGAUAUAACAGCGUGAACUGCAAAGGAGUCCUUCAAGAAGGCAAAAACUGAACAUCAUAUGAACCUAAUAAAGUUAUUGUCUCACUUCAGACAAACUCUUCAUUAAAUCAAAUUUGACCAGUUUUCAUGAAGUCGUAGUAACAAUUUUCAACAUAUCUGUUGCAUACUAGAACGCUCUGGAGUAGUUACUUUGUGGCAAAAAGUAGAAAAAAAGGAUUUCAUUGUGUUUAACUUGGAUUAAAUCAUUUGAACAUGU